AUGACUAUCACCACUCCACCUCUUAAUCAUGCUACCUUCAAGCUGAGUGGUCCGUAUGGAGAUUGGAGAGACGACCUUGAGAAUCAAGGCUAUGCGAUCAUCAAGAAUGCCAUCGACCCAGAAAGGGCCCUGGAAUAUCAGCGCAAAGCUCUGGACUGGCUCAAAUCUUUCAACCCCGCCCUCGACCUUGAUGAUCCUUCCACAUGGACUACAGAGAACAUGCCUGUCCACAGCAAAAUCAAUACAUUCAAUGGGUAUUGCGUCACUCAUGAGAAAUUCAUGUGGGAUGCUCGCAUGGAGCCAAAGAUAUUGGAUGCCUUCGCCAAGAUCUGGGGCACCGACGAACUGCUUGUCUCGUUUGAUGCGCUGAACAUCACUCUACCAAACCGAAAAGACAAACCUGCUCAAAAACCAUGGCCCCACGUGGACCAGUCCCCGAUGCGUCGUGGACUCCACUGUGUUCAAGGUGUUAUCAAUCUCAGCCAUGCGGGUCCCGAAGAUGGAUCCCUUAUGGUGUUCCCGAGGUCAAACAAGGCAACCGAGGGGUUCUUCGAUACCGAGACCGAUCCAUCUACCUGGGAGCAGAAAGACAUCCGUAAUUUCAACUUGGAAGAAAUUCAGUGGUUUGAAGAUCAUGGUAUGAAACCACACAAGGUGCUUGCGGAACCUGGAGACUUGCUCGUCUGGGAUUCACGUACUGUGCAUUGGGGUGGGGAACCAACCGUCAACAGCAACACGAUUCGAACGGUGAUUUAUGCCUCAUAUGCCCCUUACGAGUUAGCCACGGAAGAGACUUUGAAACUAAAGAAAGAAGCCUUUGAGUCUUAUCAAGCCACGACUCAUUGGCCACAUGAGAAUAUAGUGAAACGUGAUGGAGUGGUGUAUCUUCCGAAUGCUGAAAUCCUGCUUCGUUUGACCCAUCUGGAAACCCUGAUCGAGCAACAAAAGGACGCCAUCACCGAACUCUCAGCCCGAGUAGCCCAAGAUCAUCCGGGUCGGUCGACUGUCUAUUCGUCACAGCCAAAAUACGACUGGGACCCAUCGCCGCAGCAUGUAUACGAUAAAUCAUCCUUCAACCUCUUUUCGCCCGAGAACCCAUACGGUCAUGGAUAUACAUUCACUAUUCCUCCCCUUCAUGAUACGCCAACGGGAAGCUUGUUUGCAUUGGAUCGAAUCAAAAAUUUGAUUGGCGACUACUCUGAAGACUUCUUCCAACAGAUAGCGAUCAAGCGCCCAUUCAACAGCAGCCAGGCUGCAGGCAUACCUCAGGCCUUUGAACAAAUCGAUAGAUCCAGAUUGCAUCCUCAGAUCACCAAACCUCUGAUCACCGAGUUCCUCAACCAUGUCCAUCCAUUCUUCCCAGUCCUCGAGCCGCAGUUGUUACAUAUGCUCUUUGAAACUUUCUCAACAUACACCAAGGUCAACAGCAUCCAAACUUCACUGUAUCUCAUUAUCCUGGCCCUAGGAAAGGCCUCUUCGAACCCUCAACGGAUUUUUAACAUCGAAGAGGAGAAGGAUCUGAGUGGGAUGGAAUAUUUCGCUUCCGCAUAUCACUACUUGAGCGGGCCGUUGAUAACACCCUUUACAGGGGACCAUUUGUUGCCUUUGGCUUUAUUCUACGCCUCUUUGUAUCUGCGUCACAUAGGACGCCCAAUUCAAGCAUGGCAAAUGAUUCGUGAAGCGUCCUGUAGUGUGGAGAUUAUGAUUUCUGGAUACAGACUACGUGACAUGAGCACGGUCGAAGAACGAGCUAGUCUCUAUCGGACUGCCUGGGGUUGUUUUAUUCUCGAAUGGUGGGUCCAGUCUCUAGGAUUAUCUCGCAUCCAACUAACAACCCACAGCGAUGACCUCGCAGAGUUUCACUUCCCUUCCAGUAACAUUGAAGCGCUCGUCGAUAGAUUGCCCUUUCCUCGAAUCUCGGAAGACAGCCGAAACGGCCACCUCGUUUUCCUUGCAAUGUGUUCGAUUCGAAAGCUUCUCAACCGUGUGCACAGUGCUCUGUAUGCAAGAUCCAACCAGGGGAGUUUCCAUUCCAGCCCUCCGCCCCAACGCACAAGUGAUACCCCUGGGGGCAACCCAACUCCUCAGAAGUAUUCGAUUACCUCUCUCAAGACAAUCAGUGAAGAGCUCGAUCGCCAGUUGGAGGACUGGUUUAACUCUCUGCCAAAUCCCAUCCGGCCAACCCUAGGAAAUACCAUAUCCGCGGAUCACCCUUACGAUACCUACAUUCUCGCCCGGUACUAUGCCACAAAACACAUCAUCUGCCGCCCGAGUCUUGUUUUCGCUGCCCACACUCAGGGCAGCACGGUAUUGCCAGAGUUCGUUUUCGCGAAUUGCAAGAAGUGCGUCGACAGCUGUCGGAAAUUUGUCUACGCAGCAUCGCUUCUUAUGCGGCAGAGAACACACUCAAACUGGCAUAGAAUGCAAGCGUAA